AUGACAGAUCCUAAACAAAAUACGGAAAUAGAGGAGAAACACAUGUACAAUGAGCCGGUCACAACUCUCUUUCAUGAUGUUGAAGCUUCGCAAACACACCGCAGACGUGGGUCGCUACCACUAAAAGAUGAAAAAAAUAAAGAACUGUACCCAUUACACUCUUUCUCGACGAGAGUUGAUGGCGAGGACACGUUCUCUAUGGGGGAUGUCAUACGGGAUGAAGAUCAAGGUGAAGUACGGAACGCUGAAGUCAAAAGAGAGCUUAAACAGAGGCAUAUCGGUAUGAUUGCUCUUGGUGGUACCAUUGGUACGGGUCUUUUCAUCGGGUUAUCUAAACCUUUGGCCAACGCCGGCCCUGUGGGCGCCCUUAUAUCAUAUUUAUUUAUGGGUUCUUUGGCAUACUCUGUCACUCAAUCCUUGGGUGAAAUGGCUACAUUCAUUCCUGUUACAUCCUCUUUCACAGUCUUUUCACAGAGAUUUCUUUCGCCUGCCUUUGGUGCGGCCAAUGGCUAUAUGUAUUGGUUUUCUUGGGCAAUUACUUUCGCCCUGGAACUUAGUGUGGUUGGCCAAGUCAUUGAAUUUUGGACGAACAAAGUUCCGUUAGCGGCAUGGAUUAGUAUUUUUUGGGUAAUCAUCACAAUUAUGAACCUGUUCCCUGUCAAGUAUUAUGGUGAGUUUGAGUUUUGGGUUGCUUCCAUAAAAGUUCUGGCCAUUAUUGGCUUUUUAAUUUAUUGUUUUUGCAUGGUUUGUGGUGCCGGUGUGACCGGCCCAGUCGGAUUCCGUUACUGGAGAAACCCAGGUGCCUGGGGUCCUGGUAUAAUAUCCAAGGAUAAAAAUGAGGGAAGGUUCUUAGGUUGGGUUUCUUCUUUAAUUAACGCUGCUUUCACCUUCCAGGGUACCGAACUAGUUGGUAUAACUGCUGGUGAAGCCGCUAACCCAAGAAAAACCGUCCCCAGAGCUAUCAAAAAAGUUGUUUUCCGUAUCCUAACAUUUUAUAUUGGUUCCUUAUUAUUCAUCGGUCUUUUGGUCCCGUACAAUGAUCCUAAAUUAACAACAGCUACCUCUUAUGUCUCUGUAUCUCCCUUCAUUAUUGCCAUCGAGAACUCUGGUACAAAAGUUUUGCCCCAUAUCUUUAAUGCUGUGAUCUUAACAACUAUCAUUUCAGCAGCAAAUUCUAACAUUUACGUUGGUUCCCGUAUUUUAUUUGGUCUAUCAAAAAACAAGUUGGCCCCAAAGUUUCUUUCCAGGACCACUAAAGGCGGUGUCCCAUAUAUUGCCGUUUUUAUUACCGCUGUAUUUGGAGCAUUAGCUUACAUGGAAACGUCUACUGGGGGUGACAAAGUAUUCGAAUGGUUACUAAACAUCACAGGUGUCGCAGGCUUCUUUGCUUGGUUGCUUAUCUCAAUAUCACAUAUCAGAUUCAUGCAAGCUUUGAAAUACCGUGGCAUCUCUCGUGAUGAAUUGCCAUUCAAAGCUAAAUUGAUGCCUGGUUUGGCUUAUUUUGCCGCAACAUUUAUGAUAAUAAUUAUCCUCAUUCAAGGGUUUACCGCUUUUGCACCUAAGUUCGACGGUAUUGACUUCCUUGCCGCCUAUAUCUCCAUUUUCCUUUUCUUGGCUAUUUGGAUCUUAUUUGAAAUCAUAUUUAGGUGCAGAUUUAUUUGGAAGAUUGAAGAUGUAGAUAUCGAUUCCGAUAGAAGAGAUAUCGAAGCCAUUGUAUGGGAAGAUCAUGAACCAAAGACGUUUUGGGACAAAUUUUGGAAUGUCGUAGCAUAA